AUGGUAUUGUGUCUCAACUUCCUCUCCCUCAUCCCAUCGCUAGUAAGUAUCCCUCUGACUGGAAACUCUGCUACCUCCCUCCCAGAUUGGAUCUGCUGGAAUCUUUGGACAGCCAGAAAUCAUCGAAAUUUUUUGGAAUACGACUUACUCAGCGAGAGAAGUAAUCACCAACGCGCUAGGAGAAGCAAGGGCAUAGCAAGAAGCACAAUGCUUACUUCGCAAACCUCAAGCACCUCUUCCUAUGAGGCCGAGUCCUCCUCCUCUACUCAAGAGGAUGAGCGACUAUUGCAGCUCUCCGCGUCAUGCCAUUUUGUAUCCUCUGCACUUGCUGCAGAAGCAUGGGCGCUCAGGCAAGCAUUGAUAACCGCCAUUGAUGAAGGAUUUGAGGAAAUUGAGGUCUUAUCAGACUCUCAGAUCCUUAUGAACCUCAUCAACUCGCAGGAAAUGCAUACGAAAAUUCAUGUCAUUGUAAACGAUAUACGCCACCUGGUGUUAUCAUUUUCUCUUAUUUCGUUCAAUUAUGUCCCUCAUACAGAUAAUGUCGAGGCUGACACUCUUGCGAAAAACGCUCUUGGAGACCUUUUUGUACCCCAUUGA